GGAGGCCCUCGAUGCAAUUCGGUAUGUCCCUUGCACUUGUACCAGGCAUACUAUGCUAUACCAAGCAUCGAGUUUGUUGCUUUCAUGUAGAUUGAUGACAAAGUGACGCAAGAAGUUGUUGUGGCGGCAAACCCCACGUGAUGCUAUUAUGAAAGCAUUUCGUUCUAUAUUCCCCUUCAACACAUUAGAGGAGGCGGCGACUGGAAAAUUUUGAGCCUCUAAUUCAUGUUUUGGCCUUGUCGUGGAGUGGAUGUGUGAAUGAAGGACAGAGUGUUACUCAUGCCAUCUUAUUCAGACCUAAACCCUUUGAAGUGUCCACCACAUGGCUCUGAGUGAGCUCUAAUGAGGGCUUAUGUGUUGGCAGGUGGAAGAUCCCUCAUGUUAUUUAUGACGAGUAAGUCAGGCGGGUGUCUACUGUAACUGCAGCACAUGAGUUACCCGCCAUUGCAGAAGAGGCUUUAUUGCUUUGGCUUUCUAAAGUCUCUGAAGCCGUUAUGUGUACCCGAAAAGAUAAAAUCUUUGAGAAACAUUCUAAUCCGCUGCAAGAACGAUCGCAGCAAGUUGAUAGAGUAAUUGCUCGACCAAAUGGGCUUUUUGAGGCUGUAACUGGAGGGCAAAGUCUUCCUGCACUUUUAGUGCAUUAUCAUCAGCAGGAUUUUAAAUUUAAAGAUUUUCACUUCCAAGGAACCCACUUAACAUGUGAGGAAGCACUUGAGAACACCAUAAUAUUUGCCAACUUUGCUCGAAGAAAAUUUCCAUUUCAUAUCAAUCCAGAAGUGCUUGUUUGCCUGGGCACCGACCCUUUACUUCAUACCAAUGUGUUAGCUUUGCUAGCAAGAAUGUUUGCAUAUUUUGAACUGAGUAGCACUUCUCAAACUGAAUCGGUUAGACGAUCAAAGAAAUCAAAGCCCUUCUCUCAGAAAGAUGAUUUUAUUGGUUCAAGUUCAGUGAAGGAAAAGGAAAUGGGUGAAUUCCACAAUGAACCUCUCCUUCCUCUUAGAAUGAAGUGUAUCAGAUCACUAACAAAAGAUAACAAAGGUUUGUGUUCGAAAGUACAGUGCCAGCAAUCAAACUCAUGUGUUGUGAGCACUUCAGCGUCUGGCAUGUUUCCUAGUCCAUCUGCCUCCAAGCUGAAUGUACCAAUGGUAGAGGCUAAAUCUGACAUAAAGUUGAAGAGGAAAGGGGUAGUAGCUAGUGGGAAACAGUUGUCCGAAGAUUCGAAAAAGCUGCAUCUAGGAAAUAGUGCACCUUACUCUAGGCACAAAGAGUGGGCUGUUUCGUUAAAAAACUCAAAAGAUAUUCCAAUUAGAGAUGAUCUUGAAAGAAGCUUUACUGUGGAUAAACAACACACAAUUGAUUCUGCAACUAAAGCAGGACUGCCUAUUAUUGAGAACAGUGACACACUAUUGCCUACAGAAGAAAGUACAGAAUGUUUACACAAUGGUCGGAGCUUAGUUCAGGUCCUACCACAGCCUGGAUCGUCUCUGAUAUCUCAGGGCCGCCUGCUUUACAUGUCCAAUCACGUGUCAGUAUACACUGCAGAUGCUCCUGGAGAAGAGAAGGUUAAUUUUGAACACUAUUUAAUGAGAACUAUGCAGGAUCUCGAAGGAAGUUUGGGUGGGUGCAACAUAAAGAGUUUAUGGAGGGAGAGGCUUAAAAAUAGACAGAAAAGUUGUGCAGCUUCUCUGCCUGUACCAUCGUAUACAACAUAUAAACCAACUCUUACUACUGUCUCACAAAAUGUUGACGUACAAACAGCUUCAGUAACCAUGCCACCACUAACUGCAUCCACAGUCAUCCUCCAAUGUCCCCAAAAUCCUGGAAAAGGCAUUGAAAAUCCUCCCAAUUUGUCAGGAAAUCCAUGGCUACCUGAAGAAUCUCGGAUAAUACUCUCUCCCCCCCAUAAAAAGGAGCUUCAGGCAAAGCACCACCAUUUGCUCCGAGAAAAAAUUGAAAAACGGCUGAAGGAUGGGAAAAAGGCCCUAAGGGACAAGAGAAGAGAAAAAAUCACCCAAAGAGAAUCUAUUGAGAGCCAAUCUGAUUCAAGUGAACAACCUUCAUCCUUCAUCACCCACAAUGGUCCCGAGUGUUACGUGAAGCCGCCAGCCAAGUCCAACCGGCAACUAAUAAAGAAUGCAAUCUGCCAUGUGUGCUUGGCGGGGGAUGUCAAUCUCUCUUCCAAACAACGCGCACUCACUGAAUUGGAAACCAGCAGUGCUCUUCAUUUUUUCAUCCUUUUUAAGCAUGUCAUCAGCUUCAAAUUCAGAGCCCUCUACUCCUAUUCUGAAGGAAAGGUUUGCAAGAUCUUUGGCAGUGGUCCACAAGGUGUUCAAGAAUGCAUGAUAGACCAAUUUUACAAGUAUAACUGUGGCUCUAAGGAAUUCUCAAAGAUUCACUCUUACUCUUUCUCUCUGUCUGUGGAUGCCUUUACUCUAAAACAAGACGCAUGGGCUUUGCGCAGAGUGUAGACAUCAUGAAACUGUAAUUGUAUGCAGCAUUGUUGUUAUAUAUGAAGUGUUAGUUAUGUUCUCCAUAGUUCUCUGUCUUCAUGUCAGUCAGCCCAAGUUGAUCAUUCUGCUCUGCAGUUCUCUCAUAGUAAGUCACAGUCAGGUUCUGAUCUGGUUCUGGAGCACAGACAUUCUGGAUAAGAUACAAGGGUAUAACUGUAAGUAAUUUGCGAAAGGGAGCUAACCAAGUCAUAUGAAUUGCGCAGUUUUCAGUAUGUGACAACAACGACAGCAUACGCAUGUGUGAAAAUCAUGCUACAGCGGUGCUUCACUCACGUGUUGCAUUUACUAGUUAGUCAAAGGACUAACACAAAUAUGCACAGAACUUCCACCUUUUAUACUCCACCAGUUUUGCUGUGUGAAGCAAGCCCACCUAGUUGUGCAGGAUUUUUCCAUAUAUCCCUCGAUACGGUGACUGGACACAUACCAUAAUGUCUACGUGAUUGUAAAUACGUGCAAAAACAUGAUCGUAACAUUUGCGCUUCGCUCAAAAAAAAACAACUCAGGUUGCUGCCAUAGCA